ACACCCUUCCUCUUCUUUGCCAUCUCUGUAACACUAAGGAGACAUACGAAGAGGGGAACUGUCCUUUACUUCUUAGAAGGUCUGAGGAGUGGAAGACUUAAAGAGAAUCAGAGCAGCACCCUCCCACUGUACCCAGCCCAGAUCCAGAUCCCUCUCGCUGCCCUCGGCACUGCAGGCACAAUCCAUUCUCUCCCCUGUACAGAGGACUGACGUAAGGAUGUGUUUCCGUAUUUGCAGAAACACGGCAUUUCUCCAGCAUUACUGCCUGGGAUCCAUGGAUCUACCACUUCCUAUUUCCUUUCCAUGCAGCCUACAGGGAGCAGAACUGGUCCCCAGUGCCUUCAUGGGAAAUACCCUUUUCAUCUGCUCCCUCUGUGUAUUCUAUAUGCUCAAAAUACUCAUCAGAAGAAAAGCGUAACUGAUACCAGGAAAGCAUGUCAAGGGAAAGUAGAUCUCUUCUGGGAACUUGUAGGUAGAUACGAUUCCUAAAGGUCAGUAUACAGACUGAAAGCACAAAGGAAACAUGAUCUGGUUUUUAAAGUUCAAAUCCAGGAGUCAGGAGACUCGGAUUAUGUUCCUGGCUUUCAUGCGCAAUCAAAAACUCCUCAUCCAUCCCCUCUGUGACUGAGUUUAUCCAGUUAAAAGCUAGGACAGCAAUGUAGUGUCACUUUUCAGGCUCUCAGAGAAGAUCAGUAAAUUAGGAUUUUAUGAAGCAUUUUAUAUUCCUGAGAAAGAAGAAAGGAGCUAAUCUAAGAUAGAUGCAGUACUUAGAAUUGCAAAGCGUCACAUUUAUGAUUGCUAUUUACUGAAUAAAAUUCCGCAGUGAUUUACAACCUGUGCAUUUCAAUUGGCACCAAUUUAAUAUGACUCACUGCAUAUUUUACUCCAUCAUCUGUGGACUCACGUGGGUUUCUAAGACAAUCCAAAAAGCUAAUUGUAGUCGCAGAGGCUCCAAAAUCCACCUAUUUAAGGUCUAAACGUGUUUUUUGAAGGAUCUGCAAUUAAAAAAAGUGCAAAUUGGAGAUACCACUUUCAUGAACAAGCUCCGGAGUCUUAUUUUUGAUUGUUUGGUAUUUUUGAAGCUCCUAUCCUCAUUCAGAUGUGGUAUUGCUCACACUGACUAAGUGCUUAUUGCUCUGCUGAGGCACACUGACAACCCAAGGACAUAAUUUGCCAUUCCCCCCUCACGAAGCACCCCGUUUUCCACACAGAUCCCCUGUGCUUUCCUCCACAGAACUGAGACAACCAUUCCAGUCACGCACACCAGCCCCAUUUGCCAUCUUUUUAUUGUGCCAACGACCACCGGAAACCCUAACUGGGUAACCGCAUCAACGUAUUUAUACAUCUACACGCCACAGCAUCCCCCUAACAAACCGGGAUGCUAAUUAUACACGUUAUAAGGUGAAUACGUUCCACCACCACCCCGCGCCGCUCUGCGCAUGCGCAGCCCCCCUCCCGCUCUCGGCCCCUCUCCAGCCGCCCCGGCGCGUUGGCUGAAGCGCGCGCGCGGCAGCGUCGGAAGUGACGCCAUCGCCCCGGCCUGGCAACCGUUACCAUGGUAACCGGGAGGCGCUGAGGGGAGGUGAAGGCCCCGGCGCCUCAGGGCGCUGCCCCCUGAGGGUCUCCGAGGGUCCCGGCCCUUCCUUCGGAGCCGUGGGGCUGAAAAAGGCCUCGCUGAGGUGGUGCCUGGCCCCUGCAGCCCUCCCCCGGUCCCGCCGAGGCCUCCUCACAUCACCUCCGGCCGUGCCGCCGAGGCUCGUCCCGGCCGCCACCAUGAGUGACCAAAUGCAGUUCAUUGUUGAGAAGCUCAAUCAGGAGCCCUUCAGGAAGAGCUACAAUCUGAUCACGUUUGACUCCUUGGAGUCCAUGCAGCUCUUGCAGCUGCUCAAUGAUGUGCUGGGGGAGAUUGACCCUAAGCAUGUUGUUGACAUCAGAGAGGAGCUGCCAGAGCAAACAGCUAAAAGAAUGUUGACUCUCCUUGGUAUCCUUAAAUACAAACCUCCAGGAAGUAUAUCAGACUUGAGCGCAUUUCGCCAAGGGUUAGUUACGGGAAGCAAACCUGUAAUUCACCCUGUCUUACAUUGGCUUCUUCAGAGAACCAAUGAACUCAAGAAAAGAGCUUAUCUGGCACGUUUCUUAGUAAAAUUGGAAGUGCCAGUGGAGUUCCUGCAGGACGACACUGUGGCUGAUGUCAACAAACAGUAUGAAGAACUGAUGGAAGCAUUUAAAAACCUACAUAAGGAGUGUGAGCAGCUCAAAACAUCUGGCUUUUCUACUGCAGAAAUAAGAAGGGAUAUCAGUGCAAUGGAAGAGGAGAAGGAUCAACUCAUCAAAAGAGUAGAGCGUCUUAAGAAGAGGGUGGAGACAGUACAAAAUCAUCAACGAAUGCUUGAAAUAGCAAGACAGCUUCGCUUAGAAAAAGAGAGAGAAGAAUCUUUGGCUCAACAGAAACAAGAACAAAAAAAUCAGUUGUUCCAUGCAGAGCAGAGACUGCAAAGAGCACAGCUCCAGCUGAAAGAGAUGCAUCAUGCAGUAGUGGAUUCAAAACCUGAAAGUUUAAUGAAGAAACUGGAAGAGGAGAUAAAUUUCAAUUCAUACCUGGCUACUGAAAAAAUACCUAGGGAGCUUGAAAGCAAGAAGAAAUCAGUAUAUUUCUUACAAAAGACAGUUGCAGAGCCAGCUAUGAGUCAAUCAGAUCUCAAUGUACUUGAAGUCAAGAUAAAUGAAGUAAAUGCACAAAUAAAUCAGCUUAUUGAGAAAAGAAUGAGCAAGUAUGAGCCAAUUGAUAGUAAAUUUUCCAUGUAUCGCCAACAGGCAUCUAUAAUUUCCCGGAAAAAGGAAGCUAAGGCAGAAGAACUUCAAGCUGCUAAGGAAGAGAUGUCCAGCACAGAAAGACAGAUGCUACAAAAGACAAAUCAGGCCCAAGAGUUAGAAGGCUCUGAAGUUUUGAAAGGGGAUGAGUUUAAACACUAUGUUAAUAAGCUCCGGAGCAAGAACACAUUUUAUAAAAAGAAGCGACUGGAAAUAGCAGAAAUUACAGCUGAGUAUGGUAUCCUCCAGAGGACAGAAGAACUUCUAAAACAGCGCCACGAGGCUAUUCAGCAGCAGUUGCAAGCAAUUGAAGACAAAAAAGGUAUUUCUGGAUAUAGUUACACCCAGGAGGAGCUGGAAAGAGUAUCUGCAGUAAAGAGUGAAAUGGAUGAAAUGAAAGGCCGAACACUAGACAGCAUGUCUGAAAUGGUAAAAAAACUGAAUACUAUGGUGGCAGAGAAGAAGUCCAGCCUAGCUCCUGUUAUCAAAGAACUGAGACAACUGCGCCAGAAGUGCCAGGAAUUAACUCAAGAAUGCGAUGAAAAAAAAAUCCAGUAUGACAGUUGUGCUGCAGGGUUAGAGAGCAAUCGCUCCACACUGGAACAGGAAGUGAAAGGACUCCUUGAGGAGUGCAUUCAGGAAGAAAGCAACUACCGUUAUGUAAACUGCAUGAAGAGGAAUCUAGAAAUACAGCUACAACGUGCUAAAGAAGAAAUGAAGACAUACGUCUCCCAAGAUCCUCAGGAGAGACGAAAGGCAAUUCGAGAGCAGUAUACACGAAUGAUCCUUGAGCAAGAAAACCUGGGGAAGAAAUUACGAGAGAAGCAGAAAGUUGUACGGGAAACUCAUGGGCCAAAUAUGAAGCAAAUUAAAAUGUGGCAGGACUUUGAGCAGUUAAUGGAAUGUAAGAGAGAAUGUUUUCUAAAACAACAAAAUCAAACAGCCAUUGGUCAAGUCAUUCAGGAAGGAGGUAAAGAUAGGCUUGUAUUAUGAAUUCUGCCUUCUUUAUACCAGCAUAAAGUGGGAAGACAGUGUAUUGACUUCUUAAAGGUAACCUCUUACUCAACAUUGUUGCUUUCAUCAUUUCUGUAAAAAUUUGUUGUACUUUAUUUAGUUUUGGUGGAUAAACAAGGAGGGCAACUAAGCACUCGAUGAAGUUUUUCCUCCAUUGUUUAAGUGACAACAAAACAUGGUUAGGAAGAUCUGUUAUGAAAUCUGCACUAGGGUGAACCUCAUCAUAAAUCUGUUUUAUGAGUCUGGGAAUGGCAUGCAUCUGCAGAGAGAUCAAAGGAAAAAAAAUCCUCUUCCAGGGUCACGGAAAACUUAUGUAAUUGCUCUGCUCCUUAUUCUGUAUCUCUAAGAUUACAUUUUUGCAAGGUCUGGGACUCAAUAUUGUAUAAUUGUGGACCUCCUGGCUUGGCCCUCUCCUUCCCUAUUGUCUUUAUUCAUCUAGUGUGACUGGCAAGAAUGAAGCCAUUUUCUGUCUGAGCUGCACAGACCUUGCCUGCACACUCCUAGUCAUACUUUCCUUGCAUGGCUGAGUUAAACUGAUUGUGCUUCCAGGAGACAGUUCAGUGCUACAGUGUCAGGAGUAGGUUCUGAGAACAAUUACUUGGAUUCUGAGCUUUUUUCCAUUGUCUCUUGUUGGUUUUAACAAAUGCGGUUUUUCUUGCACAUAUACCUUUUUCUCAUUUUUCUUAGUUGUCCACCUGAAAGUGCUAACUGUGGUCCCCUAAAGGCUUUCUCCACUGAGGGCAUUUUGCUGUUUUAUCUGUGCAGUAUGGUUCCAGAGUGGUUGCACUACCCAAAGAGGGACAUCCCAGGGAUGGAAGACUAUCGGUGGAUGUAAAUAUGGCACAGUGGUUCCUGUAUACGUCCGGCUGUGCCAAACAGGUAGAUAUGCAAGGCUCCCUCAUACUCUGGCUUUAACCUGUGAGCCACAGGCAACUUCCAUUGCCCUUAAAAUUGCAUCGUGAGACCCAUGGCUGACCCAGGGUAAAAGGAAUGCAGAUGGGGCUUGAAACUGUCCCUCACGCUUCAUCAUUUCUGAUGAGCGCCUCUUAGUCACAAUCAAAGACUAGAAGCAGAGAGAUAAGUCUGGGUGACGAGAACUCCUGCUGUUCUUCUUUAGUCUCUUGGCUUACUGAAUUUCUAUAUAGUUUUUUUUUUCUUCUUAUUUUUUUUCUUUUUCCUGCCUAAAGUAGAGUGGACUUUAUCACUGAUAGUUCUUUCAGGUGUAGUUUGGACACAAAAAAUUAUUUAGCUUUCUCUGACACCUGCCUAUGAAAUCUGCUGCUGUUUUCUCUAUCAAGAGAGUCUGGUAACUGUAUAGGUCCUAGUUUGCCUUUACAUUAAAUAUAUUUGUUAACAGAACUAAAAUAAAAUAUGAUGACUCCA